AUGGGAAAGAAGAAAUCCACGGGUACUGAAAAUGAGGGAUCUGGAAAACCAAAAGCCACAUGGUCUAAUGAGGUAGUAGCUAUAUUGUGUGAUAUAGCUGUUAAGGAAGUGGCCAGGGGAAACAGACCUGGUACACAUUUUGAUAAAAAGGGAUGGUCAAAUGUUAUCAAGGCCUUCAAGGAGUUAACCAGAAUGGAUUAUGAUAAAAGGCAAUUGAAAAAUAAGUGGGAUUCACUUAAAAAUGAUUGGAAAUUGUGGAGUUCACUAUUGCAUAAGGAAACUGGUAUUGGAUGGGAUCCAGCUAGGAAGACUGUCGAUGCACCUGCUGAGUGGUGGGAAUCCAAAAUUCAGAUCAAUCCAAAGUAUCACAAAUUUCGUGAUGUUGGAAUUAGUCUUGAAAUGAUGGCUGUUUAUGAUAACAUGUUUAGGGGUAGCACAGCCCUAGGUCACUUUGUCAUGAUUCCCUCAGCUACUAUAGAUAUUGAAGAGGUGGUGGAGGAUUCUGAGCAUAAUGUAAUUUCUGGAGAUGAUGAGGAGAUAGACCAGCAAGGAUUCAACAUGUUGGCGCCCUAG